UAUCUCGUGUGAGCAGCUAUGGAGUUCAUUCACAAGGGUGGGGUUUGGUGGUUCCUCCUGCUCGCAAUGGUGUUGCUGGCUCCGGCGACGGUAGGCGCCGAGCAGGAGGAUGGGGCCACAACCAUUACCACCUUGCACGUGGAGGAGGAGGUCGGCUCGCGUGCCGAUGACCAUGGCAACGACGAUUGCGACAUCAAGUGCGCCUAUUACCAAGAUCUGGCCAGGAGACAGUUCUGUGUGGACCAGUGCCACAGCCAGCAGCAUCAUCAUCCUAGCAGAGAAGACUGCGAGUUGAAAUGUCAACACUGGCAAGACCCAACAAGAAAGGAAUUAUGCGUGCAACAGUGCAUGAGCUUCGGCCUCAACCUCCAUGUGAGUGGCAGCAGCAGCGUGGACGAGCACCUCCGCGGCUGGGAAGCGGUGGCCGGAGCCAUCAUCGAGGAGGUGGUGUGACGUCCGCGGUGUCGCAUCUAUAAUACUGUACUCCAUAACUAUUAAGAGUGUACUCCUAUAUGUAAGUUAUAGUGCGUACGUGUCACCGGCGAGUAGUAGCUCUAUACGGAGACCUACCUCGACCGACUAUGGCUCGUGCGUACGUACACGCCCGCGUAUACGUCUAGCUAGCUGUAGCUACGACGACAAAGGCGUGAGAAUAAAAGGCCAAUAGCGCGCGGUAGCUGCAUGCUUGGCGAUGCCUCUCCUAGAAGAGAGCUGCAUGUGUAUGUGUAUCUAUAUGUCACUGUAUGUGUUCCGUGCAUUUGUUCCAUCCCUACGUAUCUUUCUGGUGA